UUUGGAACGAAACCCUUACUUAUCUUGGUUUUUUGUUUACUGAACCCUAGAAAACCAAAAAUGGCUGGUAGAAGAGAAAGAUGUAUUCGAUGUGGAUGUGGGACACAACUUCUGGUUCCAAUCGAAGCACAGAACUUUAAGUGCCCUAUCUGCCAAUCCAUCACACAACUUCGACCCCAUAACAACAACUAUGGUAGUAACCCUACGAUUCAAGGUGGUGGUGGCCAGGACUACUCGCUCCACAACGCCGCAGCUAAAUUUAGAAAUGCCGUCAACAACAUGAUAAACGUCAACACGGCUUUCGGAGGCUAUGCCCUGCCCGGCGCUGGAGGAUAUGGUUAUUAUCCUCAUCAGAUGCCGGUGGCUCCAAGGCCGAGUCUGGUGGCUUCUUCCUCGUUUGGAAGGAGGCGGGCUGUGCUUUGUGGUGUCAGCUAUAUUGGACAAAAGCAUUUUUGCAAAGGGAGCGUUAACGAUGUUAGCUACAUGAAGUAUUUUCUUGUUGAAAAGAUGAGGUUUCCUUCUGACUGCUUACUCAUUCUCACAGAACAUGAAACGGACCCUCAAAGGAUCCCAACAAGAAGAAAUAUGGUACGGGCGCUGAGGUGGCUGGUGGAGGGCAGCGAGGCGGGAGACUCGUUGGUGUUCUUCUACUCCGGCCAUGGCUCGAGGGAGCGAGACAAGGACCACGACGAGGCCGACGGAGUUGACGAAACCUUGUGCCCCACAGAUUACGAAACCGCCGGAAAGAUUGUCGACGAUGAGAUUAACGCCACCAUCGUCAGACCACUGCCUUAUGGUGCAACUCUCCAUGCCAUUAUAGAUGCUUGUUAUAGUGGAACAGUUCUUGAUCUUCCCUUUGUUUGCAGGAUGAACAGCAGAGAAGGAUUCUACAAGUGGGAAGAUCAAAGGAACCCAUCAAUUUUCAAAGGAACAAGUGGAGGUCAUGCUGUGUCUAUUAGUGCUUGUGAUGAUCAUCAAACCUCGGCGGACACUGAUGCUUUAACCGGAGGAAAUGCAUUAGCAGGAGCGAUGACUUACAGCUUCAUUCUGGCAGUGCAGAGCGAACCAGGAUUGACCUAUGGACGGCUGAUGAGUGCAAUGCGCAGCACCAUUCGCGAAGCCCAAACUGGGAUACGCCUCAAGGGUCCCAUUGCUGCACUCGUCAACAAAAUUCUCUGUACACAAUUAUCACAGGUGCCACAGUUGUCGUCGUCUGAGGAAUUUGACAUUUACACAAAACGUUUUAUGAUAUAGUAUUUUGUCUGAACUCUAUAUAUUUUCUUAAACUAUGUAAGAAUAUAUACUUUUCAUGAUGUUGGUGGAAACAAUACGAACUAAACUAUAUUAAAUAAUUUUUUAUACAGGUAUGUACAUGUAUGAACCAUGUUAUUUAUAGUAAAUACAACAACAUACGUGUGUUAAUAGCAAUAA